AUGCACAGCGUCUCCCAGCGUGUCCUGGAGAUUCUGACGAUGUCAGUGUCGGUGGGUUUUGUAGGCUUGCUCAUCGUUGUGGCCAGCAGCUUCUCACCGCUGGGCCCAAAAAAUGUAUCACCCAUCAUCUCAGUCUUCAACGUCUCCAUGUCGCCGCUGAUGCGGAUGCCAAUGCCGGUCAUUUACGCGCAGGGCCAGAAACCACCGCCGCUGCGGGACUACGUGUUUUUUAAGUUUACGCUGAGGGCAAACUUCUCGCC